UUAUUUUUACGCUUUACGCAGAGCCAUAGUACAUUCACGGGUUGAUGUUUUAUCGCUCACCUUGGUGCGUAAAAAGGCGCGUCCUCGUCCUUAUUUGCACUCACGUUAUCGCUUUAUCCUUAGGGGAGGCAAAUAAAAGAUUUUGCCAGAGCACGACAGUGAUGCAAAGUGUGUUAGGUGACUGCUCUCAAAGGCAGCGCACAUAUUUUUGGCUCGGACCUACAUGUCAGUCGGACUAGCGCUGGGACCCGCGCACUUGGUUGUAUGACUUACUGGAUUUGCCUGGUGCCUUUAACUUGAGCUUAAGCUUCUGCAUAUAUAUUUAAACACACGAUGUUUUUAAAAAAUGCGGCACCUGUUUGCGAAUGUUGCAGAAAACAGGUAGAGGACUGCUCACCUUGCUGUUAAUAGUGUUGGAGUGGACCCGGCCAGGCCUACCGUCCCCGCUGAGGCCAAUCUGUGACCUGAGAGUCCUGGACCAUUUCACCAAAGAAGCACGAGACGCAGAAGUCGCUAUGAAGUCAUGCAGAGAAGGAUGUAGCCUGUCAGAGUCUGUCUCUGUUCCCCAAACCAGAGUCGACUUUGAUGUCUGGGAGAAGAAAAAUGGAUUAGAGAAAGCCCAUGAGGUGCAGUCUGGUUUAUGGCUCUUACAACAGGCCCUCGGGUUGCUAAGGAUCUCAGUCACCAACACAGCUCUGCACAGUCACUUAGACAACUCCAUCAGAAACCUGCUCAGCAUCAAUGCUGUGCUACGCAGCCUCAACAUCCAGGAGUAUACCCCACCAGCAAGUGCAGCAGGGCUUGAAGGAACAUGGAGGGUGUCCUCGGCAACAGAUUUGCUUCAAGUUCACGUCAACUUCCUGCGUGGCAAGGUGCGCCUUCUUCUCAUGGAUGCACAGGCCUGCCAGCAAGACGUCAGCUGAUCUCUCCAGGCGAGGCUCAUUGGUGUUUACGAAGGCAAGAGGAGGGACUUGACACUGUUGACCCGCAACGCUGGCUGCUGGAACCAAGAGUGGAAUGAAAGAAAGAUGCAGCCGUCCUCACACACGGGGACGAAGCUGGAAGGAGAGGACAGUCCCAGCAAGGCUUUGGAUGGACAGGAGAUGUGAAACAGUGACAUUGUGAAGCACACACUGACCAAAAUGAGGCCUUUGGGAAGCACUGCUCCAAGCUGUUCUACUGGCACUAUCUUGCACUUUGUGUGUGGAUGUACUUUUAUGUGUGUGUGUGUGUGUGUGUGUGUGUGGAAACAGAUUCAAUCUGUACCUAGUGUGCAUGUUCCCUGUGUGUUUUACCCCUACACUCACUUUUUUACAGUUAAGUUUGGAGUAAAUAUUGGAAAUUGGCGGACUGAGGUUACAAAAGAGCAUCCAUUUCCAUCACUGCAAAAAGGCCAAAAUGAACGAGGCCCCCGCCCCAAACCCCAAACAUGUUUCAACUAUGCCUCACAUUAGUUCCUCCGUGUGGAUCUGUUUGCAAUGAAUAUUUUUAUACACAUGUUAAACUUGAGCGAUUACUAUUUAUACAGAUUUUUCUACUUUUUAUCUUGUGGUUUUUAGUGCCUGAUCUUAAAGAUUGUAGUAUUGCCAUGUCCUCUAGUGUAACACUGUACAAUAUUGCAAAGCUGUUUGUUGAUUUGCAAUAGCACGCUGCUGUCUUCGUUUUUAUAAAAGUGAUGUACAAAACGAGCCCUUAGAUUCACAUUGCACGUACCUUUCCACAGAACAAAGGACUGAAGAGUUGUAGCAAAGGUUCAGUUAGAGUUGUCGAAGGCAGCCAGAGGUCAGUGAGAAGGUGGCUGGAGGGAGAACUGUGAAGCUGUUUUGUCGCUAUCUGUGUUUUUGUUGCUGCCUAACCAACACUCAGUCAGUCUCCACACACUGAUAGCCGGACUGCCCGGAAAAAUGUUGUUUGGCUUUUACAAGUAACAUCCUGUGAGUCUGCAAUUGCAAAUAGUUUUCCAGAAUCUGACGUUAACUGUUUUUUUCGCCGUUUCUUAUUCGUCAACAAACAACAUGCCGGCAAUUAGUUAGCUCUGGGAACUUCCAUAAAGUUGUUCAUCUCUUUCAGAACAUCAAAGUGUUCUUCCUUGUUUUCUUCCGUAUUUUUAAAUCUUGUUGUUCAAAGUGCAAGAUGUUUGUACAUGUUUUCUUUCCUGUUGUUUUUGUGUUGAUUUGUCCCCUAUUUAAAUACAAAAUAUUAUUCUCCGAUAAAGAAAGGAUAGAUGGAAACACAACAA